AAUCGCACUUGUGUGCACGUGUGAAAAGAGAAAACAAAAUGGCGAGUGGAAAUCAGUUCUCUGAUGAUUCCCCGUUUGCUGACAAGUACGGACCACCGCCUGUUGGACGGAAAAGACCGAUGGAUCAGCAGUUCGGCGGCGAUAUGGGCGGGGAGAUUGACGGAGAUCUGGGCCCUGAUUUUCAGAAGAGGAGUCGUUUCGACAGUCCCCAGGUGGAGAGCGAGCUGGACCGUUUGGACGUUCCUCCGGCCACCCUCCGGAUUCUGGUCCGCCAGAUCGACGCCGGUGGCAUCAUUGGCAAGGGAGGAGAGAAUAUAAAGAGACUCAGGAAAGUGGUAAGGAGAAGAAAAAGUGGUGUUUGUGGGAAAGCAUGCGUACACCACCCUAAAUUGUUUAGUAGCUCUGGUAACAAAGGGGUGGUAUUGUUAGUGGCAUGUACUGGCAGUUGUGGAAUGCUUGUAGAGUAGUUUCCUGUUACUAUUGGUUGUAAGCAUGGCUGAGCAUUUUCAAUUUCAUGUUGUAUUUGUUUUUGGCUUAACCCUUGCUGUCCUUGUAGCUUCUCUCUCCCACUACAGUCCUUCUCCGGUCCUGUUUUGGGUUUAACCCGGUUUUCUUGUUUGUUCUGUGUGUCGUUUUCUCUCUAGUUGUGCCACUCUGUCAAAAUGUCCCUCUCCCUCUCCUCCCUCCCUUUUCCCUCCCUUCCCCUCCAUGUCCCCAUCUCCUUCGCCCAACCUUCUCCAAUGAACUCUCCCAUUACCCCGUCCCAACUCCCAAUUAAUGCACACCGUGUGGAUACGAUCAACACCCAUUCCAAAUAAUGCCCACCUGGACCCUUCCAAUUAAUGCCCACUCCAUUGGCGGCCCACUCGGCCCCCCGUGUCCCUUGUCCCUCUCCCCUCCAGCAUGAUUGCCAGGUGGUCCUUCCUGAUUCUCCCGGGGCUCCGGAGCGGGUGAUGACUGUAAUGGGUCGUAUCGAGGGAUGUAUUGGAGUUCUGAGAGACUGUCUUCCCAAACUGGGGGAUGGGGUGAGGGACUCUUACACCAUUUCUCUUCUCUCUCUCUCUCUCUCUCUCUUCCUUUCAUAUCUCAUUUCUCUCUCUCCCUCUCUUCCUUUGUUCCUUUUCCUCUCUCCCUCUUUUCCAUCUUUAACUCUCUCUUACUGUCUUCCCCUCUCCCUCCUUUGCCGUCUCUCUCCUUUGCCGUCUCUCAUCUCCUCGCCCCCUCUCUCUUCCUAUUUCCAACUAUCUCAUUUCUCUCUCUACCUUUGCUCCUUUUCCUCUCUCCAUCUUUAACUCUCUCUCCUCCUUUCCCCUCUCUCCUCCUCACCCCCUCUCCCUCUCCUUUCCCCUCUCUCCUCCUCACCCUCUCCCUCUUUCCUCUCUUCCUAUUUCCAACUAUCCCCCAUCUCUCUCUGCUCCACCCAACCUCUACGUAUGUGUGUGUCCAUUACAAGCCUGUGCAGCAACACGGAGACCCCAACCAGCUGGCCUUCGAGACUCAGGUGCUCAUCCCCCAGCCGUUUAUGGGGACCAUCAUUGGCACCGCAGGCAGCAAGAUCAAGGAGCUUAGAUCUAAAACCAAGACGAGUAUCAAGAUAUUCAGCGACCCGAUGCCAAACUCCAACGAAAGAGUGUCCAGCUCAUUGGAACAGAACAGCAGGUCUCUGAGUGCCUGUUCUACUUCCUCGACGAAAUCGGCAAGCAGAAGGAGCCUCGGGAGCCAAUUUAUCUCUACGAACCGACUGCCGAGUUUUCUUCUGGCCCCCAGCCAGAUGAUUUCCCGCCCCCUCGGCGCGGGGGGCACAAUUUCCGGGGAGGCAUGGAUGGAGGAAGGGGAGGCAGAGGAAGUGGAGGAUGGAGGGGAGGGAGAGGAGGAGGAGAUAGAGGAGGAAGAGGUCGAGGGUUCCAGGGAUCGUGGAGGGGUCGUAAUAACGGGGGGCCAGGGGGAAAUUCUCAUCAGCCCCCCUACCAACCUCCUCCAAAUCCGGCUCCACCGAUGGGGGGAGGGGGAGGUUACGGUGCACCUCCCCACAUCUCUAGUGGAGCCACUUCGUACGGAGGGUCAGGGGCUCAGGCCAGUGUCGGCUACUCCACAAUGCCACAGGCCCCGCCUCCCUCCGCCAUGCCUCCACCCUCCUCCGUUCCCCAGAUGUACAUGCCUCCAUCCUCCUCUCUCCCUCCUCCCCCGUCCCAAAUGAUGCACCCCCCUCCUCCCAGUCAGCAUACACAGCAGGUCACCAUUCCUAACGAGUAUGCCAUGUCUAUACUGGGAGUGAAUGGAGCCAACUUGGAACAUAUCAAGAACCAGUCGUCAUGUGACGUAGUCAUCACUGACCCGAAGCCAGGCUCCAUGGAGAGAAUCAUCAACAUCACCGGUUCCCCUAGCAACAUACAGCUGGCCCAGACACUCAUGCAGAGCAGCGUAAGGCAGUACCACCCUGUGUGAACUGGACUAGUGAACACACCUGGGGCUGUAGUGGCUGCUAAGGACUCUUUUGCCUGAAACUCUAUAUGAACCUUUCCACUGUAUUGUAAAACCUACUAACACUGAAUUUUGCAAUGUAUAAUUAUUGUAUACAUGACAAUUAUGUGUGAGCGCAUCAAGUAAAAAUAGGGGCUAUGACACACAGGGACA